AUGGCUAACAUUCGUUAUGAAUUAAUUUUUAGUACAUUAAAUAAAUCAAAAUCAUUAAUAGAUUUAAAUAUUCACAACAAUUUAGAAAAGAAAUACGAAUACAUAAAACAAAUUAUCCUUAAUAAUGAAGAAGAAAUUCUUACGAAAGAUGAAAAGUUAGAAGCAAUAAAAUUAUUAAAUAAUAUAUUUGACAAAGAUAAAAUUCUUUAUAAUGAAGGAACAAAAAGAAUUUGUGAAAAUUGUCAAAAAGAAUGUUUGGCCAUAACAUAUUGUGAAUAUUGUAUUAGAAAUUAUUUAAAAGAAAAUUUUUCAAAUUGGACGUCCGAAAAUGAAGAUAUUGAUGAUUUAAUACGAAAAUGUCAAACGGAAUCAUAUGCUCCUAAUGGGAUAAUAGAAUGGAUUCCAUAUAAUAAUUUACGAAAUAUUACAUAUUUAACUAAAGGUGGUUACUCCGAAAUUUAUACGGCGGAUUGGAUCGAUGGAGAAUAUUUUCAAUGGAAUAAUCAAGAACGAAAAUUAAAAAGAUUUGGAAAGCAACAAGUAAUACUUAAAAGAUUGGAAAAUGGUGAAAGCAAUAACAGAAAUUGGUUUGAUGAGGGUAAAUCUCAUCUAACUUUAAGCAACAAAUGGUCCGGCGUAGUAAAAUGUUACGGUUUAACAAAAGAUCCAUCAGAUGGAAAUUAUAUUCUCGUAAUACAACAAAUGGAUAUGGAUUUAAGAAAAUAUUUACAACAAAAUCAUUAUAACCUUACAUGGAAAGAAAAAAUUGAUAUUAUUUUUUAUAUAAUUAAUGCACUUUCUCAAAUUCAUAAUGAGAAUGCAAUUCAUAGAGAUUUACAUUCCGGAAAUAUAUUAUUUUCCCAACUUAAUCAAGAAUUUUAUAUCAGUGAUCUUGGAUUUUGUGGAUCAGCCGACAAAAAAUUAAAUAGUAUAUACGGAAAUUUACCUUAUAUAGCUCCAGAAGUUAUUUCUAAAAAAGAAACCACUUUCGCAUCUGAUAUUUAUAGUAUUGCAAUGUUAAUGUGGGAAGUUUCGUCCAGUCAAUCACCUUUUAUUAAUCAUAAACAUGAUUACUAUUUAGCAACGAAAAUAAUGGAUGGAAUGAGACCGAAAAUAAUGUCAAAUACACCUCUAGAAUAUAAAAAAUUAAUGGAGCAAUGUUGGCACGCUGAUCCAACAAAAAGACCUGAUAUCAAUAGUCUUUAUAGUAAGAUUUUUGAAAUAAGAAAAUUAUAUUAUCAAAAUGAUCAAUACGAAAGUAAUAAGCAACAUGAUAAUAUACAAAUAUUAGUUACAAGUAGUAAUUGUACAAGCGCUAAUAGUAUUGCUAGUAUUUAUUCAUUAGACAACAAUUCUAGUAAAUUCGGAAAUUUACCUGAAAUAAGAAAUGUUACCGAAGCUCAUCGUAGUCAGCAUAAUUUUAGCAUUCCGAACAAAAUUGAAGAUAUCGGGAAUAAUUCAAUAUCUGGUAAAAAAUAA